AUGAGACUCGCGCUGGGCACGAGUUGGCUAAUGCUCGCCGCGGUUGAAGCUUGGGCUGCCCCAGCACUUGUUCGCCGGAGUAUACUGUUGGCUGAACGAUCUGUCGACUACGACCACACACGAGUAUACGAUGCUUGUGCAGAUGGACAGUCCGUCUGCCUGGUUGCACGACAGGGCCUAAAUGAGCCCCCAUUAACCCCACCGCAUGUAUCUUCCAGCACUACGAGCUCAUUUUCUUCGGGCUCGGCGACCGACGCAUUCUCGGGAUAUUCAUCAACCAACAUUCCAUUGUCGCCGCAACCAACACCUUCAGCAAACGAAUCCAAUGGUUGGCAGCUCCAGAACCUCGCCGCGCAAUCUAACUCUAGCCCAGAUACAGACGAGUCCCACAGCAAUCUGCGAACUAUAGGCAUUAUAGGCGGCUUCCUCGCUGGCACUGCACUAGUCGCCAUUAUCUGCAUUAUCCUCAUCCUCAUUCGCAACCAGCGACUACGAGGGUCCAAUCCUUCGUCAAGCUUCAGAUCCCGCUCUCGAACCCGUUCCAGUGUUCGUCCACCCCCUACGUCAUUCAUGUCUCAGCCAUAUGGCGAGCCCCUCGUGCGCCCUCCCCCUCUGCGGAUACACACCGGUGAUGCUAUGACUGCCAUAACCGCUGCAUCUCAUGACAUGACGACCGCUGGGACGCUGGGCCACCACAGCUCUGGGAUGCACCAAUUUCCAGUGGUCGGGCCGGGAUCUGCGUCCUCCCGCACGACAAGCUUUGGGCCACAUUCGUCGAGUGCCUCAACUGGCGGAUCAAACGUUCCACGCCGGCCGCCACAGAUACCCAGUCUGGGCUUAUCUCAUCCCCGUCCAUUGUUGCGUUCAUUUGGGAGCAUCUUCUCGUACCAUGCUUCAACAGGACAUCCAACGCCAACUCCUACUCGACCGACGUCGGGCAGGGAGAGAGAGGAGCGCGAGGAUACUACCGAGUCUUCGACGAACGGCUCGCAUACUUUAGCUGUCACCGAGGAGAAUGUCAGAUCAGAAGACUAUACCCGGACUGAGGAAACCGGGCAUACCGAAGAUGUCACACGGACAGUGGAAACAGCACAUAGCGGCCCGGCCGGAGUUUCGGCCUGUGUUCAGCCAAAAACAUCCUCGGAAGCCUGA